GAGGGAUCAGGAGUAGACUAAGUCAAACUUCCAGCAGCUUAAGAUUUGUGCGCAGCCUUUGGAGGAUUGAAGUCGCCAAGGUCUCUUUGUUGAUGUUGUCAUGUACCAGCUGCCAUCUUCUUUUAGCCUACUUUAUUCAGGAGAACCAAUGUCCAGAUGGUUUUCUCCUCCAUGUGUGGUCCAGCUCAGCACUCCCUGACCAUUUCAUGGGCCGCAAACACACCCAAGCAUCCACGGCUGCUUGACGCAACCCCUCCUCGCUCUGCAAAUCUCGGUCUUAACCCAUCACUCCUAAGCUUGACCCUUCAGCACUUCACUCCCCUCUCACUCCCUCUGCGUUGAGUCUCUCUCCUCACGUUCCGUACCCUCCAAGUCCUCCCUCCGCCCAACAUGGUGUCCCGCAUUCCUGCUCUAGUUUUGGUCAUGAUGUAUCAAGGUGCCUUGCUCUCAGAUCCACCCCAGUCACGUCGAGAGAUCCGCAUGGAGGGUGACCUGGUACUCGGGGGGCUAUUCCCAGUCCACGAAAAAGGAGCUGGAAUGGAGGAGUGUGGCCGUGUGAAUGAAGAUAGAGGUAUCCAGAGGCUGGAGGCCAUGCUGUUUGCUAUAGACAGAAUCAACAUGGACAACACUUUGCUGCCUGGAGUUUCCCUCGGAGUCCACAUCCUUGACACCUGCUCCAGAGAUACGUAUGCACUGGAGCAGGCUCUGGAGUUUGUAAGAGCCUCCCUCACAAAGGUGGACGACACAGAGUUCAUCUGUCCAGAUGGAUCUUAUGCUCUACAGGAUGACAGCCCGCUGGCCAUUGCUGCAGUCAUUGGAGGAUCCUUUAGCAGUGUUUCUAUACAGGUUGCCAAUCUUCUCAGGCUCUUCCAGAUUCCUCAGAUAAGCUAUGCUUCAACGAGUGCCAAGCUCAGUGAUAAGACACGCUACGAUUACUUUGCCCGCACUGUACCCCCUGACUUCUACCAGGCCAAAGCCAUGGCUGAGAUCCUCCGGUUCUUCAACUGGACGUAUGUGUCCACUGUGGCAUCCGAGGGUGAUUAUGGUGAAACUGGCAUUGAAGCUUUUGAACAAGAAGCACGCAUGAGGAACAUCUGUAUUGCCACUUCAGAGAAGGUGGGGCGUUCUAAUGCCAAGAAGUCCUACGAAUCCGUGAUCCGGCAGCUUCUCCAGAAGCCAAAUGCCCACGUGGCUGUCCUUUUCUUGCGUAGCGAUGAUGCCAGAGAGCUGCUGGCAGCUGCCGCCAGACUUAAUACCUCCUUCAUUUGGGUGGCCAGCGAUGGCUGGGGUGCACAAGAAAGCAUUGUCAAGGGAAAUGAAGUCACCGCUGAAGGAGCUAUUACACUUGAACUUGCAGCAAACCCCAUACCAGCAUUCAACCAGUACUUCCUGGGUCUGAACCCUGUCAAUAAUCCUCGGAACCCCUGGUACAAAGAGUUCUGGGAGCAGCGGUUUCAGUGCUCCUUGGGAGGAGGAGGAGGUAUGGGAUUGGAAGGGACACCUCUGCCACCAUGUGACAAGAACUUGUCGAUGGACAAGGGUAACUUUGAACCAGAGUCCAAGAUUAUGUUUGUGGUGAAUGCAGUGUAUGCCAUGGCUCAUGCACUCCAUAAUAUGCAACGGAGCCUGUGCUUCAACACCAGCAAGCUUUGUGACAGCAUGAAGCCCUUGGAUGGGCGCAGGCUCUACAGGGAUUACAUACUCAAUGUCAGCUUCACAGGCCCCUUCACUCCGCCAGGAAUUGAGACAGCAGUGAAGUUUGAUACCCAGGGGGAUGGCAUGGGCAGAUACAACAUCUUCAGCUACCAGCACUCUGGGGAUCGUUACGGUUAUGUGCCAGUAGGUGAAUGGAUAGAGAGUCUCAGUCUGAACGGCGAUCUGAUUCGCUGGCCCAGAGAAGUGGUACCCACCUCGCAGUGCAGCGACCCUUGUGAGCGCAAUGAGAUGAAGAAGAUGCAGGCAGGUGAAUACUGCUGCUGGAUAUGUACCGCAUGUGAACCUCACGAAUACCUGGCUGAUGAGUUCACCUGUUCACCCUGUGCUCCUGGUCAAUGGCCCACUGAGGACCUAACGUCCUGUUAUGACCUUCCUGAGGACUAUAUUAUGUGGGAAGACGCGUGGGCAAUUGGUCCAAUUUCUAUUGCCCUUGUUGGGUUCAUUUGCACUGGCCUGGUGUCUUGGGUGUUUAUCAGACAUAACAACACACCACUGGUGAAAGCAUCUGGAAGAGAGUUGUGUUACAUCCUUCUCUCUGGAGUCUUUAUGUCCUAUGCCAUGACCUUCCUCUUUUUGGCCAAACCAUCUCCUGCCAUUUGUGCUCUGCGGCGCCUCGGGUUGGGCACCUCAUUUGCCGUGUGCUACUCGGCCCUCCUUACCAAAACCAACAGAAUCGCCAGGAUUUUCAACGGUGUGAAAGACGGAGCUGGUGCAGUAAGGCCACGCUUCAUUAGCCCCUCCUCUCAGGUGUUUAUCUGCUUGAGUCUAAUCUCUGUCCAGUUAGUGAUGGUGUCAGUGUGGCUGCUGCUGGAGGUUCCCGGGACCAGACGCUUCACGUUGCCAGAACGACGACAGACCGUCAUCCUCAAGUGCAAUGUACGAGACUCCAGCAUGCUGCUGUCACUGGGAUAUGAUGUGCUCCUGGUCAUCCUGUGUACUGUGUAUGCCUUCAAGACCAGGAAGUGCCCCGAGAACUUCAAUGAGGCCAAGUUCAUUGGAUUCACCAUGUAUACCACUUGUAUCAUUUGGCUGGCCUUUCUUCCCAUCUUCUAUGUCACAUCCACUGACUACAGGGUUCAGACCACAACCAUGUGCAUCUCCGUCAGCCUGAGUGGCUUUGUAGUCCUUGGCUGUAUGUUUGCUCCCAAGGUCCACAUCAUUAUGUUUCAGCCCCAGAAGAAUGUGGCGAGCCACAGGCUUAACCUCAACCGCUUUAGUGUCAGUGGGGCUGCAACAACUACAUACGCAUCUCAUGCUUCUGUCAGCGCUCACUUCGUCCCGACCGUGUGCAACGGGAGAGAAAUUGUGGACUCCACCACUUCCUCUCUGUGACCACAUCCUACCAGCUCGCUCUAACUCCGUCCCUGCGACUGUUAACCAAAUGAUGAACAUCGUCCCCUCCGGCUUUGCCUCCCCACCACAGACAUACACCUACUAACACAAACAUACGUACACAUACAUGCACAAGCAAGCAAACCCCCCUCCUUGUGGACUAGAACUUUAUCGUUUCACAAAUGUAGAAAGUGUGUAACUAUAAUUAAAUUAUUUUCUAGGACUGUAUAUACAUGGAAUCGACAUUGUUGUACGUAGAGAAACAAAAGAACAAAAAAAUGUUUUUAGGAGGAAUUUUUGGAGCCUUUGUUUUUGAUAGCUUUGUUAUGAUGCUGUGUAAAUAGACAUGCGCUUUAACCAUGGUAGGAGGGGCUGUGUCCCUCAGUCUGGAUGCACAUUUGUGGCUCUGCUUGCCUCAUCUGCAAUACUCACAGACUUUUUAUUCUCAUUCUUUUUUUAAGUUUCAUUGUAACAACAAUAAUGUAUGUAUUUCUAAUGUUUAUCUGUAUAUUUGUAUAGUAUACUACUGAUGGUUCAAACAGCACAACACUCGAGGUCGUGUAACCCUAAAAAUGAAUGUGGACUAAUGUCUAAACUGGAUAGGCGAAAACAGCAUGAAUGGACUUAAACAUUAAACUAACUGGCAAUUUUCAGUUUGAGAAUUCAUCUUGUCACGUCUUAAUAGAUGCCGCAUCCCCAUCCUGGUCCUGUAUGACAACCUACUUUGUCUGUUUUGGCAGGAAAACAUGUUUUGCUUUUGAUACAAAUGUUCAUUUUUUGUAUUUCGAGAAGUACGGGAUCCCUUUACGUAAAUGGCCACAGUUACACUCAUGUGUUCAGCAAAGCGACAGUAUCUCACUCUCACUCCUGAACUGAUGUUUCUCUGUAGGACUGCUGUGACGUCUUACUAAUUAUUACUGAUAGCUGAAAAACAUCACUACGACUCAUCCAUUUAUUUUAACCUCAAAAGCAUGGAUACAUGGUGGUGUAGUAUUUUUGGCAACGAGAACAAAUCAGUGUUUCACCCAGUAAUUAAUAUGAACAUGUAUUUAAAAGAUACAAGCACUAAUGCAGGACAGUGGUCUGCUUUGCUGAAUACACAUUGAAUUUUUUUCAAAUACAGGAGAAUAGUAGCUUAUGUUUUUGUGCCCUAUAGAUACCAUAUGUGGUGUUGUUCUGAAUAUGGCAAUGUGCCUUAAUGUGUGUUUGAUAUAGGUAGAUGUCGUGAGAGACCAGUUUUACAUCACCAGUUCCAAUACUUUGCUUGGUAAAUGUAAAAGUGUCCUCCUGUGUAGAGUACAUGCUUCAGGGCAACAGUAUGCCAGUUAGUUUCAUUUCCAACCAAGCCUUCUGGCAUUGAUUGUUUACCUGAAGUAUUGAAGCAGGGGAUCGAGGAAUUCCCGGUGUUUUACCGCCCUUCUUCCCCCAGUCAGACGUUAAAUAGCGUAAACAAUUCUGACACUCUUUACACCUUACGACUCCAAGAAAAUAAGUGAGGGCAGAAGAAGAGCGUUUACCAUUAAGACAAAGUCAGUGACUCAUCAACUCAUUGAAGUGUGCAGUUUACAUGCCUGUGUUAAAUGUGUUGACGUUGGGAGGCACAGUGGAGCAGCUGGCUUUGGCAGUUCCAGUGAGGCUCACGAGAGGAUGCAGAGCACACAAUGUCAGCUGCUGGCAAAUCCCGGCUAACAAAAGGAAGCAGAGCAGUUAUGCAUUAUAAAAAAUACAAUUUAUCAAGACAUACAUAUGAAACUGUGACUGGAAAAUGUGGCAGACUAUUUACGAGCUGGUGGGAUAACAUAUCCUGGAUUAAGGUGUUCACAACAAAAAAGAAUUGAAGUUUCCUUAAUUAGUGGACUAAUUAAGAGAAGCUUAUUUCUUUCAGGGUGGUAUGGAUUUAUUAAUAACUGAUCUUAAAUGUUUACAUAUAAUAAGCUAAAGUGUGACUGUUACGUUUGAUGUUUUCAACAAAAUAUAUGAUCAGAAUCACUUUUUUCAAGAGAUUUUUCAAGCAAUUUCAGUGUGCUAAAAUUCAGACAGUAAAUGUGAUCAGAACUUUUGAAUAUUCAUGUUUUUGGAGUGGUCAACACGUUUACACACCUGCCAUCCCUCCGAUGGCCGAUCACGCUGAAUGAGGGGUUGAAAGAAUUUUUGGGAGAUGCGUCAAGAUGAGCCGACCUACAUUGGGCGUGUGUGUGUUAGGUGCAGAGAGCAGCAGGAGAGAUGUGGCAUGGCAGAGGGAUGCUGCUGCUGGAUUAUGUAAAGCACUCCCACAGCCCAGAAGUCGCAGCGCUUCUGUGGAAAGCUCAAAGCAUCUCACAGAUUCACAGCCUUUGUUAGAAGAGGGCUUAGCCAUUCAGUCAGUGGUCCUGCUCUCACUAGAUACACCCUGCAUGGCAGGUUGCUAUGGACAACCACCAUCACCACAUCCGCUGCUGGAAUGCCUAUUUGUAUGUAUGAAGACAAGGGGUGGGAAGUGGGAGUGAGGAGCGGCUGGAAAAAAAAAGAGGAACAGAAAGAGGAAAAACAGUUUGCUGGUUCCGAGUCAAAUUGGCAUUGACUGAUGAGAUUUGGCUCUGCAAGCCCUGUACUUCCAGCUUUUAAUGGCCACACAAACAGAGCACUUAACCCUGACACUCCGCUAAUUUAGUCCAGAGACUGGUCUCAGACAACAGUCUCACAUUCUUCCUCCGACCCUUCCUCUCACAAUCCACCUCACCCCUUCAACCUUUCCCUCGGCCACCUUUGUGCGGCGCAUCUCCGCUGUAUGUGUGAAUCUUGCUACGCAGUUGGUCUCAGCCAAGACCACCUCCUCCAGAGCAGCAGACUGGUAGCUCUCACUCGAGCUGAAACACUUGGAUGCGGAUGCUCACUCCAGCACAUGCCAUCAAGGCUGUCUUGAGGAGAUUCGGAAAAAAAAGGCAUAAAAGGAUGUCAGACAAAGGAUCUGGAGAAUGAAUGGAACAACUAAAUUGGAAUUUAGAUAUCAAGCAAUUGCAUUACUUUAAAACUCGUUAACUUUCCGAAUUCAUCAUCUCGUGAUUCCAGUAACUGUAUCUGAAAACUUUCUUUAAUUGGCUUUACUCAUGAAUAUCCUUUUCAAACAAGGAUCCACCACCGACAUUAUUGUUCCUCUUUUCAGGCUCUGCCAACUGUCAUGUGCUCUACAAAAGGUCUCUGUGCUGUAGCCUUUUUCUAUGUAACAGAAUGUGUCCUCGGCCUCUGGGCUUUGAAAUGAGACAGGAUCUCUGCAGGUGAAAGGAAGCAGUGGUCAAUUUGAGCUCUGGAACUGGCCAGUCACAAAGCAAUAGUUCCAUGUUUAUGAUAUGUGCAAUAAUGAGGCUGUG